UGGGUCUUGGCAGGAGGCGGCCGCGAGGCUGAGCAGAAGCCACGGGUGUGAGGGACGCUCAGCCGGGAGGGACCGGAGCAGCCGGACGGGACCAGGCACAGAGGCCGGCCCCGGGGACAGCACCGCCGCUGGCUGGACCUGCCCUGGCCCGUGAGAGCCAGGGCCCUCCCAGCUCUGGGGCCUCUGUUUCUUCUUGCGACCAUGAAGAAGGAAGUGACCUGACUCAAGAAGAGACCAGCCCCUGGCCCCGAGGGCAGCUGGGCUUGGGGGACCGGGGCCGCCACCCCCCGGGCCACUGACAUCCCCGCCAAGCCAGGCAUGAAGGGUGGUGGCAGUGCUGUGUGGAGCCUCAUGUGGAAGUUCUGCAUCUCCGUGAGGACCCUCAGCGUCGAGGGCGAGGCCCCCAGCAGUGAGCCCGGCACGUCCCUGGACAGCCCUUCGGCCUACCACCAGGGCCCGCUAGUGCCCGGGGCCAGCCUCAGCCCGGAGCAGUGCGAGCUCACGCCCGGCGCCUAUGGGCUGCACGCGGGGCCGCAGCGCCCACGGAGACCCCGGCUGCAGCACUCCACGUCCAUCUUGCGCAAGCAGGCCGAGGAGGACGCCAUCAAGCGCUCGCGGUCACUCUCCGAGAGCUAUGAGCUGUCCUCAGACCUGCAGGACAAGCAGGUGGAGAUGCUGGAGCGCAAGUAUGGGGGGCGCCUGGUGACCCGCCAUGCGGCGCGCACCAUCCAGACGGCCUUCCGCCAGUACCAGAUGAACAAGAACUUUGAGCGCCUGCGCAGCUCCAUGUCCGAGAGCCGCAUGUCGCGCCGCAUCGUGCUGUCCAACAUGAGGAUGCAGUUCUCCUUCGAGGGUCCCGAGAAGCUGCACAGCUCCUACUUCGAGGGCAAGCAGGUCUCGGUGACCAACGACGGCGCCCCGCUGGGGACCCUGGUGCCCGCCGAGUGCGCGGAGCUGGGGGAGCCGCCCGCCGCGCUGCCCCCCGCGGCCCCCGCCGGCGACUUCGCGGACGCCAUCACGGAGUUGGAGGACGCCUUUUCCCGGCAGGUGAAGUCGCUGGCUGAGUCCAUCGACGACGCCCUCAAUUGUCGCAGCCUGCACGCCGAGGAGGCGCCCGUGGCCGAGGUGGCCCGCGCCCGCGACAGCGAGCCGCCCCCGGCCUUGCACGGCCUGGACCCCCACAAGCUGGACGAGAUGACAGCCUCCUACAGCGACGUCACGCUGUACAUCGACGAGGAGGAGCUGUCGCCGCCGCUGCCGCUGUCGCAGGCCGGGGACCGACCGUCCAGCGCGGAGUCGGACUCGCGGCUCCGGGCGGGUGGCGCGGCCGCCGACUAUUGGGCGCUGGCGACGCCCGAGGAGCGCGCGGACGCGGAUGCGGGUGGCACGGCGUCCCUGGAGCGACCCGAGCCGCCGCUGCGCGCCGGGCGCCUGCCCCUGCUGACCAUCGAGCCGCCCAGCGACAGCUCGGCCGACCUCAGCGACCGCUCGGAGCGAGGCUCGCUGCAGAGGGCGGCCGCCUACGAGCGCGGCCGGGUCGGGCCGCAGGGCAGCCCCAAGCGCAUCGCGCACGGCGUCAAGGGGACCCGCGACGAGCCCGAGCCCCGCACCCGGCCGCCGCGGCCCUUGGAGGGCCACCUGGCCAUCAAUGGCUCGGCCAACCGGCAGAGCAAGUCGGAGUCGGACUACUCGGACGGCGACAACGACAGCAUCAACAGCACGUCCAACUCCAACGACACCAUCCACUGCAGCUCCGAGUCGUCGUCGCGCGACAGCCUGCGGGAGCAGGCGCUGAGCAAGCCCACCUACCACAAGGAGGCGCGCCACAGCUGGGACUCGCCCGCCUUCAGCCACGACGUGGUGCGCAAGAGGCACUACCGCAUCGGCCUCAACCUCUUCAACAAGAAGCCUGAGAAGGGCGUGCAGUACCUCAUUGAACGCGGCUUCGUCCCCGACACCCCCGUGGGCGUGGCCCACUUCCUGCUGCAGCGCAAGGGUCUCAGCCGCCAGAUGAUCGGCGAGUUCCUGGGCAACCGGCAGAAGCAAUUCAACCGCGACGUGCUCGACUGCGUGGUGGACGAGAUGGACUUCUCUGCCAUGGACCUGGACGAGGCCCUCAGGAAGUUCCAGGCCCACAUCCGGGUCCAGGGCGAGGCCCAGAAAGUGGAGCGGCUCAUCGAGGCCUUCAGCCAGCGGUACUGCAUGUGCAACCCCGGGGUGGUGCGCCAGUUCCGGAACCCGGACACCAUCUUCAUCCUGGCCUUCGCCAUCAUCCUGCUCAACACGGACAUGUACAGCCCCAACGUCAAGCCCGAGCGCAAGAUGAAGCUCGAGGACUUCGUCAAGAACCUGCGAGGGGUGGACGACGGCGAGGACAUCCCCCGGGAGAUGCUGAUCGGCAUCUACGAGCGCAUCCGGAAGCGGGAGCUCAAGACCAACGAGGACCACGUGUCCCAGGUGCAGAAGGUGGAGAAGCUCAUCGUGGGGAAGAAGCCGAUCGGAUCCCUGCACCACGGGCUGGGCUGUGUGCUGUCCCUGCCCCACCGGCGGCUGGUGUGCUACUGCAGGCUCUUCGAGGUCCCCGACCCCAGCAAGCCCCAGAAGCUGGGCCUGCACCAGAGGGAGAUCUUCCUCUUCAACGACCUGCUGGUGGUCACCAAGAUCUUCCAGAAGAAGAAGAACUCGGUGACGUACAGCUUCCGACAGUCCUUCUCCCUGUGCGGCCUGCAGGUCCUGCUCUUCGAGAACCAGUACUACCCCAAUGGCAUCCGGCUCACGUCGGCUGUCCCCGGGGCGGACAUCAAAGUGCUCAUCAACUUCAACGCGCCCAACCCCCAGGACCGGAAGAAGUUCACUGAUGACCUGCGGGAGUCGGUGGCCGAGGUGCAGGAGAUGGAGAAACACCGCAUCGAAUCGGAGCUGGAGAAGCAGAAGGGUGUGGUGCGGCCCAGCAUGUCCCAGUGCUCCAGCCUCAAGAAGGAGCCGGGCAACGGGGCGCUGGGCAGGGCCUGCUUGGACGACAGCUACGCCGGCGGGGAGGGCCUCAAGCGCAGCGCCCUCAGCAGCUCCCUGCGCGACCUCUCGGAAGCGGGGAAGCGAGGGCGCCGCAGCAGUGCAGGAUCGCUAGAGAGCAAUCUGGAAGGGUCCGUCAUUAGCAGCCCGCACCUGCGCCGGAGACCGCCCGCCCGCGAGGGCCCGCCGCGCGCGCCCGCGCCCGCCUCGCUGCUGGGCUCGCUGUUCGGCAGCCGCCGCGGGAAGCCCCCGCCCCCCGGCCCCGGCGGCCCGGCCCCGGCGCCCCCCGAGGGCCACCACGCGCAGCACUGCCACCUGCCGCCCAACCCGCCGCCCUACCACCACCACCACCACUUCCACCCGCCCGCGCACCUGCCGCACGCGCACGCCUUCCACCUGGGCGCGCACGCCGGCCACGCCCCCUACGCGGCGCAUGCGCACGGCCACCCGCCGCUGCCCGCCGGCCACGCGCACGCCGGCCACGCCCACCCGGGCCACCACCACGGGCAGCCGCCCGCCCCGCCGCCGCCCGGAGGCAGCAAGGCCAAGGCCAGCGGCAUCAGCACGGUCGUGUAGGCGGCCGGCGGGGACCUCGACGGACCGGCCUCGGCUGCGUCCCCCGCCGCAGCCCAGGGC